AUGGCUGUGGCGGGGCCGGACGGGCCCGAGGGGCAGGAGGGAGGACGCGGCGAGGCCUGGCGAGCAGGCUGCUGGUCACACCCGUGCCGUGUGAGGCGCCCAGCAGCGCAGAGGCCGGCGGGGCGCCCGGCACGCCCUGCAGAGGGUUCCUGUUUGCCUGAAUCUAUUGUUGCAGCAGCAUGUGCCAGAAGUGGCCAGAGUGUUCUUCACGUUGAUUCGAGAAAUUACUAUGGUGGAAACUGGGCCAGCUUUAGUUUUUCAGGAUUAUUGUCCUGGAUUAAAGAAAAUCAGCAAAAGACAGAUACUGAUGAUGAAUGUGAAGACUGGAGAAAACUGAUCCUUGAAAAUGAAGAAGUUAUUUCUCUUAGAAAGAAAGAUAAAACCAUUCAGCAUGUAGAAGAUUUCUGUUUUGAUGAUCAGGAUUCAGCUGAAGGUGUUGAAGAAGUGGGGGCACUGCCAAAGCUGCCUGCCUUUGGAGCCUCUGGUGCUGAGGGGGAUGCUGGGGUGUCAGAAAAGGAGUGCCCAGGAGGAGAGAACACCUUGCCCAAGGCAGAGAACCAGGAACCAGGAAAGGAGCCAGACACGGAGCCAGCGAGCCCAGGGGAAGGGAAUGAUACAGGAAUUACCUCUGAGAAUGAAAGUUCUCCUGGUACUACGUCAGGCGAGUCCGUCCUGGAGUCCGGAAAAACUGAAGGUGCAGCCUCAGAAACUUCUGCCCAAGAACCAAAGAAGGUGUCUUAUUCCCAAAUUGUUAGAGAAGGCAGAAGGUUUAAUAUUGAUUUAGUUUCCAAGUUGCUUUAUUCCCGAGGUCUGUUAAUUGAUCUUCUGAUUAAGUCAAAUGUGAGCAGAUAUGCAGAGUUCAAAAAUGCAACACGAAUUCUUGCCUUUCGAGAAGGAAAAGUAGAGCAGGUACCUUGUUCUAGGGCAGAUGUCUUCAACAGCAGACAGCUCACUAUGGUGGAAAAGAGGAUGCUAAUGAAAUUUCUGACAUUCUGUUUGGACUAUGAACAGCACCCAGAUGAAUACCAAGACUAUGAGAACAGUACAUUUGCUCAGUUUUUAAGAACACGGAAGUUAACCCCCAGCUUGCAGCACUUCAUUCUUCACUCUAUUGCAAUGGUUUCUGAGACUGAUUGCAGCACUCUUGAUGGUCUUCAGGCAACCAAAAAAUUUCUUCAGUGCCUUGGCCGCUAUGGCAAUACACCUUUUUUGUUUCCUCUGUAUGGUCAAGGAGAGAUCCCACAGUGCUUCUGCAGGAUGUGUGCUGUGUUUGGUGGGAUCUAUUGUCUUCGCCAUCCCGUGCAGUGCCUGGUAGUGGACAAAGAGUCUGGCCGAUGCAAAGCUAUUGUGGAUCAUUUUGGACAAAGAAUAAGUGCUAAGUACUUCAUUGUGGAAGAUAGUUACCUUCCAGAGAGCAUCUGCACAAAUGUGUGUUACAGAGAGAUCUCUAGAGCAGUGCUCAUUACAGAUCAGUCUGUCCUAAACACAGAUUCAGAGCAGCAGGUUUCUGUUUUGACGGUGCCUCCAGUGGAACCUGGGAAACCAGCAGUUUGUGUCAUUGAGUUGUGUUCCUCAACCAUGACCUGCAUGAAGGAAACCUAUUUAGUCCAUUUAACCUGUCCUUCAACUGCAACUGCUAGGGAAGAUUUAGAGCCUGUUGUGCAGAAGUUAUUCAGUCUAAAUACAGGAAAAGAGACUGAAAAUGAAGAAGCAGAGAAGCCUAGAGUCCUCUGGGCAGUGUAUUUCAACAUGAGAGAUUCCUCAGGAAUUGACAGAAGUGCAUAUGAUGGCUUGCCCUCCAAUGUUUAUGUCUGUUCUGGACCAGACUCUGCUUUAGGAAAUGACUGUGCUGUCAAACAGGCUGAGACUAUUUUCCAAGCAAUGUUUCCUACUGAGGAUUUUUGUCCAGCAGCACCAAAUCCAGAAGAUAUUAUUUAUGAUGAAGAUGAGAUUGCACCAGAAGAGUCUGGAUCCAGUAAUUCACCAGAGACAAAACCUGAACCCUCUGCUGAGGAGAGCAGCAGUGCAGAUAGUACUGCUGUUAAGAAAGAAGAUAAUGAAGAAUGA